ACUCGCUACGUAGCCCAUCGCUGGUUGUCAACAACAGACUUCACCUUGAAAUAAAUGGUACAAUAACCUCUGUCGCUUCAUUUGACCCUGUAAGUCUCUGUGGUGUCGCAAACAGACAGAGAGAGAGAGGGAGUGGAAAGGGUCGUAUGCUCGAAGCGGGAUUUGCUCUUAGGAAAUGUUUGGUUUUGUUGGACAGAUUCCUAAACGCUUGCGUUGGUGGUUGUGAUGCCCCGCGGCACCGAGAGAGCUUUGCAGGGGGUCGCAGCGCGCUCUUUCGGCAAGUCUUUCAGCAAGUAGGCUACAGAAUCUGGCUCGCGGUUAGGAAGAAUUGAGGAUGCUGCUGCUGGACAGCUCCUUUGUGUGUAGCCUUGGCGUCACCGUCGCCCUCUGCACCCUCACACUCCUCCUGGUGGCCCUGCGGGGCUGUCAGAGGGCUGGCUGUGUCCAGUCUGGCGCCACCCUGCCCCCUGGCCCCAGACCCUGGCCCCUGGUGGGCAACCUGCUCCAAAUGGGCGAGCAGAUGCACCUCUCGCUGACCAGCCUGCGCGCGCAGUAUGGCGAUGUGUUCCAGCUGCAGAUGGGCUCCCUGGUGGUGGUGGUGCUCAGCGGCUACUCGACCAUCCGCCAGGCCCUGGUGCGGCAGGGCGAGGCCUUCGCUGGCCGGCCCGAUCUCUUCAGCUUCUCCGCCGUGGCCAACGGCACCAGCAUGACCUUCAGCGAGAAGUACGGCGAGGCCUGGACACUUCACAAGAAGAUCUGUAAGAACGCCCUGCGCAACUUCUCCCAGGCCGAGACCCUGGACUCAGGUGCCAGCUGCCUGUUGGAGGAACGUAUCUGCGCGGAGGCUGGGGGGCUGGUGGAGGCCCUGCAGGAGAGCCAGGCGAAGUGUGGGGGCAGUCUGGACCCUGUGGUGCCCCUGGUCACCUCUGUGGCCAAUGUAGUGUGUGCCCUGUGCUUUGGGAAGAGAUACGACUAUAAUGACAAGGAGUUUCUCACCAUCGUGCACAUCAACAACGAGGUGCUGCGCAUCUUCGCCGCGGGCAACCUGGCGGACUUUUUCCCCGUCUUCCGCUACCUGCCCAGCCCCUCCCUGAGGAAGAUGGUCCAGCACAUUCACAGGAUGAACAGCUUCAUGGAGGAGAACAUUAAAGAACACCUGAGAACCUUCGACAAGAACUGCAUUCGUGACAUCACGGAUGCCCUGAUUGCCUUCUGUGAGGACAGACACGAGGACAGGGAAGGACAGGUGCUCACCGACUCUCAGAUCGUGCACACCGUCAUCGACAUCUUUGGGGCUGGGUUUGACACCAUCAUAGCAGGUCUGCAGUGGAGCAUCUUGUAUCUUGUAAAAUUCCCAGACAUCCAGGACAAAAUUUAUGGAGAGAUUGAUGACCAAGUGGGUUCCAACCGACUGCCUCGAUUUGAGGAUAAACCGAAAAUGACAUACACGGAGGCAUUCAUAUUUGAGGUGUUCCGCCAUGCCUCCUACGUUCCCUUUACUAUACCACACUGCACCACUGAAAAUAUCAUUCUUAAUGGAUACUUUAUCCCCAAAGACACCUGUGUGUUUAUCAAUCAGUAUCAAGUCAAUCAUGACAGUGAAAUCUGGGGUGAUCCAGAGGCCUUCCGGCCAGAAAGGUUCCUCAAUCAGAAGAGGAAACUGAACAAGGAUCUCACAGAGAAGGUGAUGAUCUUUGGGAUGGGGAAGCGACGUUGUCUGGGCGACGGAUUUGCCCGCUUGGAGAUGUUUGUGUUCUUGACGACGCUGCUCCACCGGUUGCAUGUGGAGAGUGUACCCGGCCAGACGCUGGACCUCAACGCAGAUUUCGGCUUGACCAUGAAGCCCAAACCGUACCGGAUCAGGGUGACCCCCCGGAGCUAGAAGGAGGCAUAACUAAACCAAUGCGUUCAUACAUCCUAUACCCUCUGUUCACUCUAUUGCAUUAUGUGUCAAAGAAUCAUGGUCAUGUUUCAGGUUCAUACAUAUGGAGUGUUACAGAUGGGUUAUCAUACACUCUCUGUUUACUUCACUGCAGAGGCGGACAUCCCGGGUUCAGAAAGUAAGUCCUGCCAAGUAUUUGAUCCAACCAUUUAGUAAACCAGCUCAUCCUAUUUAGCAGCCAGGUAGACCAGAAGAUAUCACAUGUGUUAACCCUUAAAGGAGUACCGUCAAAUGAACGUUCUAAAGAAUAUCUGGGUUCAUUGAAUUCAACAUAGAAUUUUAGAACCUUCAAUUGUUGCGGAACUUAGAAUGUUCAAAAACCUACACCUUGUGCACUGGUAGAGAGAUAUGGCAGAACUUUUACUUUCUGGAACCGGGAUGUCCGCCUCUGCUCCACUGCUUGUGUCAAAGAAUAGUUGGGACAUAUCAGGGUCACACGUACACAUCAUGGCAACAUCACACGCUUCCAACAACAACACACACACACACACACACACACACACACAUCAUUGUACCACACAAAGCUAUAGAAACAAAAUACAAGUGAAGGACAUUUUCUGAGGCAGUGCAUCGUGCACUGUAACAACUAUAACCAAACUAUAAGAUUGUUUUCCCACAUAUCAUAAACUAUCAUAAACAUAAGAACUCAUUUGUGUAAAGUUUUGGUAACACUUUACUUGAAGGUAUCUACAUAAGAGUGACAUGACACUGUCAUAACCCCUAACCCUAACCUUAACCCUAACUUGUCAUAACAAAAACCGAAUGACACUAACCCUAACUCUAAGCAUAACUUUUCAUGACAAAAACUGAAUGACACUUGACAGAAGCGAGUGACAGAAGCGUUAUGUCAUAAAUGUUUAUGAUUUGUUUACAAUGUUUAUGACACGUUCAUGACAGUGUUAUGACACACUCAAUGUAGAUACCUUUAAGUAGAAGUGUAACCAAAGUUUGUAACCAUGUGAUUUUUUUCCUGUUAGAUUGUACUGUUCAUAUUCUUAACUUCACUAAAUGGUCACGUUACAGCAGUCUUUUGAUUUAAAGACCAAUGUCACAGCUUUGUAAGAGAGGUUUGCUUUGGGCACAAUAUGGCAUAAAUGAAGAUUUAAUGAAAGUUCAUUAGUGACAAGACUCAUUGUAGUUGGAGAGAGCCAGACAUUAUAUGAUAGUAGAUAGUAGAUCAUUAAAAGACAGCUGUUAGUCUGUUAGAAAAGAAGAUCCCGAUACCAUGCAAAUAUUAAAAAGAGUCUUACAAGUACAGCUAUUGGUAAGGAACACAAGUAGUAUACUAGUACAAUCCAUGUAUUAACAUCAACGGUUUUGAGUUUUUUUUAAGGUGUUAAAUCACCUAACAAGGAUGAGUGCAAGGUACCCAAAUGAAUACAGGAGGGAUGUAGAGAUCUGCUCAGGCCACCACAACUCCCUCCCCAGGGACACACCAUGGAGGAGUCACCCCCUUAGCCCUCUCUUCUCUAGGCAUCCCCAGCCUCAGGAGUUGGUAGUCUCAGAGCCAGAAGCUGCCUGUUCUUCAUUGUUAUCACUUUCUCCCUAUAUGCUUGUAUUUGUCUAUCUGCUGUCAUAGUAUCAACGGAGUAGAACUCGUACUAGACACUGUUAAAUGGUUUGAGUUAACCUUUCUGUACUUUGCAAUGAUGCAUAUAUGGGUUUUACCGUAGCAUUUUGUGGCAUCUGGCUAAAUGUUUUUCAUAAACAGGAAUAAUCAAUAAUAAAAUAUCUU